UUAAUAACACUUGACAAUAACGAAGAUGAUCCUCUCUGGGAGAUUGCAGCUUUCAUCGAAGAUAUACGACAUGAUUUCCAAGCAAUGGCAGCUGAUUUUAAGCUUUCAACUAAGAGGAGCAAACACAGCAGCCAAUUUGGUUGCAAAAUCAGCAUCCACUCAUUAACUUUCGAGGGAUUAGGUGACUAA